CACCCCUAGAGAAGAAGGGGGGCUGGGGGUUGAGAAUACGGAGUGAGUGGAAAAAUAAAAGUCUGUAGAAAGAGAAAAAAAACGUGGUUCCAUACUCAGAUUGAGAGUUUUUCUUGCAAUGUUUUGACUGCUGGAAUGAUGAUGUGGAAGAUUCGACCAUGCAACAUUGUAACGCGGCUAAACCGAUUAGCUAAAUAAUUAGAACCGAGUGUUACAAGGCAUUCCCCCACUAUCGGCACGACGGACUCAAAGUUCAACGCCAUUCAGAGCUGACGAGUGGGUUUAUACAAAGCUAGAGCAACAUUCGUCUCAACGGUUUGUGAAAAAGAAAAGAACAAAUAAAGUUAGGAGCUCAAAAGUAACUAGGGAACAGUAGGGGGCCUGGGGGUUAGAGCGCGUGAGAACCGAGGGGUUUAGGCUAAGCUUAGAAACGGACAAGUUUUCAAGCCAGCGAGGAAUUUUGUGAUUUUAAUUUGUCAAGAAGAACAACGAAGGCUGGGUGUCCAAUACCAAGCUAACUAACAAUCCAACGGGGAACUUUCUCAAUUGACCAGAGUCCCCAUGAAAACCCCGGGGGACACGGGGUUCGCCUUCCCCGACUGGGCCUACAAGCCCGAGUCGAGCCCCGGCUCGCGACAGAUUCAGCUGUGGUGCUUCAUCCUGGAGCUACUGCGGAAGGAGGAGUACCAUGAAGUCAUCGCCUGGCAGGGCGACUACGGAGAGUUUGUCAUCAAGGACCCUGAAGAGGUGGCCCGACUGUGGGGUGCCCGCAAGUGCAAACCUCAGAUGAACUACGACAAGCUGAGCAGAGCGCUUAGAUAUUACUACAACAAGAGAAUCCUCCACAAGACCAAAGGGAAGAGGUUCACCUACAAGUUCAACUUCAACAAGCUGGUGCUGGUCAACUACCCCUUCAUCGACAUGGGCUCUGGUAGGGGAGUCCCCCAGAGCGCCCCUCCCGUGCCGACCGGGGGCAGCAACUUCCGCUUCCCCCCUUCCACCCCGUCCGAGGUGCUCUCCCCAAGUGAGGACCUGCGCAGCCCGGGUGUGUUCAGCAGCGUGGCCCGCCGCAUGGGCCGUGGCUCUGUCUCCGACUGCAGCGACGGCACCUCCACCAACUCUGAGCUGGAGGAAGGCGUGGGGGGUGAAGAUCGUGGCGGCGUGGGCCCUGAACGGGCCUUCCGCGGCCUCCUACACCCCCGCCUCUCCCAUGACUCACUGUUUCGCGCCUACGGAGGCCCCGGCGGGUUAGGCCGCCCCCCGCCCGGCCACAGGGUCCAUGGUGACCCCAUGUCUCCAUUCCCGGUGUCCCCCCUGCCGGGCCCUGGGGGCCUCCUGGGCCCCACCCUGUCCCCGGCCCUGUCCAUUACCCCUGGCUCCCACCUGCCCUAUACCCCGUCCCCCUCCCUCAGCCCCAUGCUGGGCUCCCACUUCUCCUUCAACCCGGACGACAUGAAGCGCUACCUGCAGGCCCACCACCAGAGCGUCUACAACUACCACCUCAGCCCCAGAGCCUUCUUCCACUACCCCAACAUCGUGGUCCCCCAGCCCCACAGGCCCUCUGCUGCCCCUGACAAGCCCAUGACAGCCCACCCCCCAGCUCACCACCAUGCCCCGCCUAUGCCCCACUCCCAUUCGCUGCACCACCAUCAAGGGGAGGAGCAGCACCCCUCGCCCUUCAAGUUCAAGCUGCAGCCGCCUCCGCUGGGGCGUAAACAGAGGGACGGCUCCGCCUCCUCUACCGGUGGGUCCUCCUCCAGCCUAGGCUCCUCCUACGCUGCCUCAGGGCUGCUCUCUAACUCCUCCUCCUCAGUGGGCCCUCCCAAAAUCAAGGUGGAGCCCAUCUCCGACAUCGAGUCCGAUGAGGAGGUGGAGGUGACCGACAUCAGCGAGGAGGACGAGCUGCUCGACGACGACGAGGGCGACGUCUUCACCCCCCCUCAUCCCACCAACGGAACCGCCCCUACUGCCAUCACCAACGGCAACCUGGGCGCCAUCGCCGAGGACGACGUGGAAGAGGACGUGUUCAAGACACCCGCCGCCCCUCCCAUGGGCCCUCUAACCCCCUCCCUGCUGGGCCUGAAGAGCGAGCCAGGCCAGGGCCCUCCCAUCAGCCCUGGCGGCACCCUCUGUAUCCCCCUCAAGCUGCGCUUCAAACGCCGCUGGAGCGAGGACCAGAAGAUGGAGGCCAAUGGCGAGCGCGAGGAGGCCGAGGAUAAGAAGGUGCGGCCGGAGAAAGAGGUGGUGGAGGAGCCGGCAAGGAGGGAGUCAGAGAAUGGGGAGGGGCCAAGGAGAAGCCUGUCAAUGAGUCAGGGUGCUCCUCCCCCUCCGGCCCAGCGCAGGGCCAGCUCUGAGCUGCAGAGAGCCACAGCCCAGCUGUCUCUGGAGAACCAUGGAGCCUGCUGAGGCAGGGAUACAUACAUACAUGCAUACAUACAUACAUACAUGCAUGCAUACAUGCAUACAUACAUAGAGACACGAUCACAUGCCCGUACCUACAUACACACUCACUCAUAUAACCAAGCAUACACAUAGACACAUGUGCCUGUGCGGAAGGCUUUUUUACUCUCAUUUUGAACUCAUUUAAUACAGAACAUUAACACAUAGCUCAACAUGCUGUGACUGAGACACUAAAGAUAGACAUACAUUAAUACUGAUAUCCCCUCUAAACAAAAGCCCCUAGGGCCUAGAUCCAGGAUCCAUCCCUAAGACCUGUACACUGCCUUAAGGUGCCUCCAUCUCCCCUCAACAUCUCAUCCCAGUAACGCCCAUAGCUCCUUAGCCUUUCAGAGAUGCAUCAAAACAGAUGGGAAAGAAUCCCUUUAGACCCACUCCACCAGACGGACCUUAAUGUUGCUGACACUGGGUGGGAUGACAUCAUGACAAUGCCUUCUAUCUUCAACAGACUUGAAAAGAGAUUACAGAAGUGCUUGUCUUUACGUACAAUGGUUUACAAAGCAGAGGAAAUUGCUUUGUAAACCAACUCUUGUCAACUGUUCCAUCACCUUCGAUGACUGGGAAGGGAUCUCAGGAGUCAUAACAAAGAGACCUCCCUGUCUGUCUGUCUAAUCAUGACCUCUUCAACAGGGACUGACUUAAGACAGAAUUUGUUUCUGAGUGAGCACUCUCUUUCACAAGACGCUCUUUGAUCAUCGUCCCCCACCAACUUGAGCGUAGGGACAAAAAACAAAAUGGCGUGCAGAUCUAUAUGUCAUGCAGUUCUAUCUGGAUCUAUAGAGGAUGUGGAUGGACUGUCUGGAGACUCAGGGCAGCAGUAAUACCC